CCUUAGGAAACGUCUCUUAAUCAAGCCACAGAAGAGACGGGUCUUGUAGGACACGCGUCCCUCUCUCUUGCUUCCGUCGAAUCUUUUUCGGCGAAGGGAGAAUCGGAGUCUGCUUCUCGACUGGUUCUGGUGAUGUAUCACCCGUCGAUGAUGUUCAGAAGAAGAUUCGACGUGCUGAGAGGUUUGGCGUUUCUGUGAAGCUAACCGAAGAGGAGAAACGCAAUUCUCAAGCUGAGAGGUUCGGGACUGUAGCAGCGGUGAAAGGCUCAGAGGGAACGAAGAAAUCAUUGAUGCACAGGUUCAACAUCGCAACAGAGUUGACUGAGCAUUGUAUAGAUGAAGGAGAAGGUGGAUGUAUUGGUAUAAUGGUAUGGAUGAAAUUCAUGGCCGCUAGGCAUCUCACCUGGAACAAGAACUAUAACGUGAAACCUCGGGAAAUUAGUGAAGCGCUAGAACGAUUCACCAAUUUGAUGGAGAAAAUAUAUCUGCAGCAACCAUAUAAGAGAGAAAUUGUGAGACUAACUAUGGCACUUGUGGGUCGUGGAGGUCAAGGCGACGUUGGGCAGAGAAUCCGUGAUGAAAUUCUUGUUAUUCAGGUAAACGGUUCAUCAUAUUAUGGAGCUAAACCUUUAUUAUGAUCUUGUUAACCUUUUUGUAUUAAUGAUCUUUUGCUAGAGAAAUAAUCACUGCAAAUCCGGAAUGAUGGAAGAGUGGCACCAAAAGCUGCACAACAACAGUAGUGCAGAUGAUGUGAUCAUUUGCGAGGUGGAGAGGCAUUAGGCGGUGUGGUUGGUGCGUUCCGUCACAUGAUUCAAACGAAAGGUUUAAUAGUUGCCUUUGGCGUACUAACCUGGACACUGCUCGAGUACACGCUUUCAUCGCUUCCUUUUCCACAUAGAAACCAAGAGCUACUGUUCGUGCACGUAAAAAUGUAUAGCCUGUCACCUCCCUACAGUUUAUUUUAAAAAACCAAAAAAGCGGUGGUUGGUCCGUGGAAAGAUAAAUGAUAGAGAAAAAAGUGGUGGUUGGAGAAGAAGAAAGUUUCAGUGAUGAAUUCAGAUCCUAAAAUGAAACAUGAUGUGUUCUUAAGUUUCAGGGUCAAAGACACUCGUGACAACUUCGUUAGCCAUCUAUGCGGCUGUCUACGUAGAAAACGGAUCAAAACCUACUUGUUUGACGAACUACCAUACGAAGAGAGAUAUGAAGAGUCGUUAAAGGCAAUCGAAGUAUCAAGAGUUUCAGUGAUUGUGUUCUCGGAAAACUUUGGGGAUUCGAAGUAUUGUUUAGAUGAAGUUGUAGCUAUCUUGAAAUGCAAAAAGAGGUUCGGUCAGAUUGUGAUACCUGUCCUUUACCAUGUUGAUCAUGUGGACAUUGAAAAUCAGACAGGAAGCUUUGGAGAAGCUUUUGCGAAGCGACAGGAUAAAGCCGAGCAGAUUAAAGAAUGGAAAGAUGGUUUUACAGAAGCCAUUAAUCUCCCCGGAUGGUCUACUUCCCACUUGAGGGAUGAGGAGAUGUUGGUGAAUGAAAUAGCUCUUGACAUCGAGAGAAAACUUCUAAGAGCGUCAAGAACAAAGGUCAUAAUUGAAUGGUCUCUAGUCAUCACCAACCUCAUGUUGGAAAUACCUUCAUGUGUCUUCGACCAGAUCUCUGCUACUCAAAAACCUUUGUAUACGUUGGCUGCAAUGUCAAUGUCAUUUUUAUCUUGUCUACUUUGCCUUGUAGAUCUCUUUCAUAAAGGUCGAGUUGAGAGAGUUGUGUGGAGGUGGAGUUUGCCCGUUCCUUGGUUUCACUAUCCAACUCAAAGAUCAAACAGGUUUGGUAGCUUUCCAGAUAUUGUUGGGUUGGUUUGCGCCUUGUGUCAAACCAUUCUCACAGCCGUUAACUAUUCAUCCAUCACACAUAAUGAUGAUUCACCCAUUAAGUUCUCGGUUUGGCCAAUCAUGUUUGCUCUUGGUUUACUUUGCACUUUGCUUAUCAAAAGAGCCAGCUAGUUUCCUGUUUUAUGCGCAGUUUCUCUCUAAGUAGCUGAACUGGAACACUCUAUGCGUUUGGUAUCAAAAGAUUAUGUUCGUAUUAUUCUUGUGUAACACUUAAGAUUUCCUUAUGAUUCAUAGUUGAGACUUGGGUUGACUA